AUGGCCAGCGCCGCAAAGAAAGCUCUCGAAGCACUCAAGACCCAUGUCAUGGGAAGCCCGAGCCGCAUCAACAAGUUGGUCACAGACACAGCCGCCAAUGCUGGAACUCGUGCCACACCUGCCAAGACUCACGACGCAAGUAUCGGGGCCCGCAUUGACUGGGGCACGAAGCUGGCCGGUGAUAAGCGCCUGUUGAAAUUCCAGCUUAACUCGAAUGCCUCAGACAGCGGCGUGAAGAGGCUGAUUAAAGUACCCAAGAGAGGCAGCCACUAUGAUUGGUCAGAGACACAAAUCAAACAGAACGCUAAUAGUACACCCGAAGAGGCGAAAGCCGAAGUCGAGAGGGCCUUCGCUGCUUUGAAGGCCGCUAUGAAGACCGAGGACGAGGCGAAGAAGUGA